AUGAUAACACUAAAUGGUAACAAACCAGUGUGGAUCCGAGAUAGCGAACACGGAUUCAUAAUUGGAAAAAUUAGCGAUAUUGCUUCCGAUAAUGUGACCGUUCAACCCAGCGACAAUGGAAAAAAGCUUGUUGUCCCAUACGAUUCAGUGUUUCAAGCAGAAGAAUAUGACAAAGAUGCGGAUGAUAAUUGUGCGCUUAUGUAUCUUAAUGAAGCUACGCUAUUGAAUAAUCUUCGCCGUCGUUAUAAAAAAGAUAUGAUUUAUACUUAUGUAGCUAACAUUUUAAUCGCCAUCAAUCCGUAUAAAGAACUACGUGGUGUUUACAAUGUCGAUAACAUGACACGAUUUAAUGGCAAAUCACUUGGAGUCAUGCCGCCCCAUGUAUUUGCUAUCGGUGAUAAAUCUUAUCGUGACAUGCGUACAACUCGACAAAGUCAAUCAAUCAUUAUUUCUGGUGAAUCAGGAGCUGGUAAAACCGAAUCUGCGAAAUAUGUGUUACAAUAUUUAACCGAAUCAUAUGGUUCUCAUAGUGGUCAAAUUGAAGAUCGUAUAAAUAAAUGUAAAAACAAAGAAGAAAUUUCAUUUAGUUUAAUAUUAUUUCUCGUCUUGUAUAUUUGUCUAGCUAAUCCAUUAUUAGAAGCAUUUGGCAAUGCAAAGACAACUCGUAAUAAUAAUUCAAGCCGUUUUGGUAAAUUUAUUGAAGUUCAUUUUAAUGAAAAAUAUCGUGUUGUCGGCGGAUAUAUAUCUCAUUAUCUACUUGAAAAAUCUCGUAUAUGUGUUCAAUCAAAAGACGAACGAAAUUAUCAUAUUUUCUAUCGAUUGUGCGCUGGUGCACCUGAAAAUAUUCGAAGUGCGCUACGACUGGCUCCACCAGAUAAUUUUCAUUAUCUUAGACGAGGUUGCACACAAUUUUUUUGCAAUAGCCAAACGGAAAACAAAUUGUCAAAAAAUCGUCUAAGUCAAGAAUUCCUUUCAAAAGGACCAUUACGUGAUCCGCAAUUAGAUGAUGUCAAUGAUUUUAUUGAAUGUGAUCAAUCAAUGGAUCAUAUGGGUUUAUCAACUCAAGAUAAAUUAAAUAUUUAUAGUACAGUUGCAGCCGUUCUUCAUCUUGGAAAUAUUAAUUUUGAAGACGAUCCGGAAAGUACAAAAGGUGGCUCUAAAAUAACACACUCAACUGAACAAUCAUUGAGCAUAACAUCUGAAAUGUUGGGUCUUGAUGUACGUGAACUUCGUCAUGCAUUAAUAACACGAGUUUUAAUGACUAGAGCAGGAGGCAAUAAUAAAGAUAAUAUGAUUCCUGUUCCAUUAAAAGAUCAUGAAGCACAAAAUGCUCGUGACGCAUUGGCUAAAGCAUUAUAUGUUCGAUUAUUUGAUCAAAUAGUUAGUUUUGUGAAUAAAUCAAUACCGUAUAGUUCAUCAAAUUCAUACAUUGGUAUUCUCGACAUAGCUGGUUUUGAAUAUUUUCCUAUAAAUUCAUUUGAACAAUUUUGUAUUAACUAUUGCAAUGAGAAAUUACAACAUUUUUUUAACGAACGAAUUCUUAAAGAAGAGCAAGUAUUGUAUGAAAAGGAAGGCCUUGGCUUAAAGAAAAUAAAAUUCAUUGAUAAUCAAGAUUGUAUUGAGUUGAUCGAAGCGAAAACAAUUGGUUGCUUUGAUUUACUAGAUGAAGAAAGUAAAUUACCGACACCAAAACCUGAACAUUUUACAAGUGAAGUUCACAAUCGUAAUAGAGGUCAUCCGAGACUUGAUAUUCCACGAAAGUCAAAAUUACGAGCUUCACGUGAAAUACGUGAUGAUGAAGGUUUUCUUAUUCAACAUUUUGCAGGUGGUGUGGUCUAUUCAACCGCGCAAUUUAUUGAAAAAAAUAACGAUGCUCUGCAUACAUCUCUUCUAAUGCUUGUUCAAGGAUGUAAAAAUAGUUUCAUCAAGAGUCUUUUUCAAAACCAAGGCGAACUGGAACAAUCAGCAGGAAAAUUAAAUUUUAUUUCUGUUGGAUCGAAAUUUCGUUCGCAAUUAGCUGAACUUAUGAAUAAAUUACGAAGCACAGGCAUUAGUUUCAUUCGUUGUAUUAAACCAAAUCUGAAAAUGGUAGCAAAUCUAUUUGAAGGUGGUCAAAUUUUAAGUCAAUUGCAGUGCAGUGGCAUGGUAUCAGUAUUAGCUUUAAUGCAACAAGGUUUUCCAUCGCGUACACAAUUCUCUGAAUUAUAUUCAAUGUAUAAAAAAUAUCUACCAGCUGAAUUAGCUCGACUUGAGCCACGUCUUUUCUGUAAAGCUUUAUUUAAAGCAUUGAAUCUUCGUGAUGCAGAUUUUAAAUUUGGCUUAACAAAAGUUUUUUUUCGUCCUGGAAAAUUUGCUGAAUUCGAUGAACUAAUGAAAUCAGAUCCGCAAAAUCUAGCUGUGCUCAUAUCCAAGGUUAAAAAAUGGCUUCUAUGGACACGUUGGAAAACAGCUCAAUGGUGUGCUUUAUCUGUCAUUAAACUCAAAAAUAAAAUUCUUUAUCGACGUAAAUGUUUAAUUGACAUUCAACGACAUACUCGCAUGCAUUUAGUUUACAAACGUUAUGCACCAAGAAUUCGAGGUUUGGUUAAAGCUAAAGCAUUACAUGAACAAGUAGCAGCAAUGGAAAAGAUUGCUAGUCAAAUGAAAACGAAUAAAGAACAAGUUUAUCAACAAAUACAUCAAUUGAAACAGUCUAUCGAUCAAUUAAUUCAUGAAAUUGCAAACACUCACAUGACCGCAACACAAAUUGAUAAUGCAUAUAAUGAUCUUGUGGCUUCCAUUGAUCGAGAAUUUCGCCGAUUAAAACAAGUAGCUGCUGAACAAGAAAUGAAAGAUGAACAAGAACGUUUGAAAAAGAUUCAGGGUGCAUUAGAAAAUGAAAAACUUAUAAAAUCUGAUGAAGAUAAACGUUUCGAACAAGAAAAAGACGAAUUUCGACAGCGUUCAGCUAUAGAACAACGGCGAGCGGAACAAGAAAGACUGAUGGGUAAAGUAAAUGCUGAAGAAUCUCGCCGUCGAAAAGAACUUCAAGAGCAGGAACUGGCGGAAGAAGCUUUUCUAUCAGAAAUGAACGAACGUGAACGGCGUGAUUAUGACUUAGCACGACGUAUUGCUUUAGAAACAGGUAGUGAAGCUGAUUUACCACAUUUACAACGCAAAUCUCGUUCGAAUAUCAAUCCAAAAUAUGAUUUACGGGGACAUACUUAUGCACAACUACGUGAUCUAAUUAAUACAUCGUGUGAUCUCGACUUACUUGAUGCAUGCCGUGAAGAAUUUCAUCGACGCUUGAAGGUUUAUCAUGCGUGGAAAUUAAAAAAUCGAAAAGGAAAAAAUCUAUCGGCGGUCGAUGAUAAAGAUGAUGAGUUGGAUGAAGAUCGAGCACCGCAGGCUAUUUUAAAUAAUGCUGUGUCUGUGUCAUCGGCAAGCAGUGCGUCGAAAAAAGGUGGGCAAGGAGCGACAGCAUCUUCUAAUUCUAAAGGCGGCGGUAGUGGUAAAGCUAGCGAACAGCGUUUCUUUCGCAUUCCAUUUCUUCGCCCCAAUGAACGAAGUAGUGAUGCCAGUGAUCAAAAAAAGACUGGCUGGUGGUAUGCUCAUUUCGAUGAUAAAUGGAUUGCUCGUCAAAUGGAAAUUCAUCCGAACAAAAAGCCCGUUUUACUCGUUUCAGGUAUCGAUGAUAUGAAUAUGUGUGAAUUAAGUUUAGAUGAAACAGGCUUACCUGCGAAAAAGGGUGCUGAAAUACUAGAAAAUGAUUUUGAACAAGAAUGGCUUAAGAAUGGAGGUCGAGAAUAUUUGAAAAAGCAUCACAAAAAAAUUAGUUCAAAAUAUGUUCUUCAAUCGCUUGAAAAACAUCGUUAA